GGGUUAUAGCUGGAGAUAGUUACUUUGGGUGGCGUAUGUUGUUGGACUUUCCUUUUUAAAGAUUGAUUUUUUGUUAUACUUAAGUCUUAAAUUUGUAUUUCACCAUUUGAUGAAACAAUCCAAUGGAUAUGCUUGACGUCACGGUGCUUCUGCUAGCGUUGUGUAAGUAGAGAGACGUAGAGACGUCUUACGCGAUCUCUUUACCAGGUUCAUUUAACGUGGCUUACAUGACAUCUCUACUCUAAUUUUAACUUGCAAAAAAUGGCAUCUCCACACUCGCAUGAACUUGCGCCUAAAAUAAAAUCUCUGUAAUCACUUUAACUUCUCUGAAUGACAUCACUACAUUCACAUUAACUUGGCUAAAAUGACAUCUCUAUAUUCACAUUUACUUGGCUAAAAUGGCAUCUCUAUAUUCGCAUUAACUUGGCUAAUAUGGCAUCUCUAUAUUCACAUUAACUUGGCUAAAAGGACAUCUUUAUAAUCACAUUAACUAGGCUAAUAUGGCAUCUCUAUAUUCACAUUAACUUGGCUAAAAUGGCAUAUAUUUAUUCACAUUUACUUGUCUAAAAUGGCAUAGCUUUAUUCACAUUAACUUGUCUAAAAUGACAUAUCUUUAUUCACAUUAACUUGGCUAAAAUGGCAUAUCUUUAUUCACAUUAACUUGGCUAAAAUGGCAUAUCUUGAUUCACAUUAACUUGGCUAAAAUGGCAUAUCUUUAUUCACAUUAAUUUGGCUAAAAUGGCAUAUCUUUAUUCACAUUAACUUGGCUAAAAUGGCAUCUCUAUUAUAACAUUAACUUGCAAUAUUAUAUCUAAGAUAAGUUCUUUUUUUUUUAAUUUCAACUUUUAUCUCUCAUUACUUUUGCAGAAGAAGACAUUUUUCCGUCACAUUCCUUGAUUUAUUUUUUUUUAACUUCUUUUAGGUUUUCCCAUACCCCGUGUUUUUUACCUCUUGUACACAUGUACAACAAAGCCUUACAAAUUUUAAUAACGUCACGCAAAUGUACAAGAAGCUAUUCCAACAGAGACACGACACGUACGUGAACUUCCCUUCUUCAAUGUUCAAUCUAAACUAUUAAAGCCCCUUGCCCUACGCCUGUUAGUUAUUGUGCACAACGAUACCCAGCAAAUGCUUAGGGAAGAAAAUAGAAUGGAUUACCGCACCACUGAAAUAUUUCAGUCUUUUGAAAAAUACUUUAAUAUUAAACGGUACUGUAAAUUGUGUUCUUAAACCCAAAUAAACGCGUUUUAGAUGAAUUCAGCCUACUUACCUCUCGUCAGGUUCCUCUUUCCAUUGUUCUCUGUUCACAAAAUUAAGUAUUGAUUCCAAUCCUAGGACGGCGGACAAGAGCUAAUGCAUCCUGUAUGUUACCGUACUUAAGCGUGACUUAAAAUAUUGAAUAUGCUUCCUUUUUUUUUUCCCCGCUUAUCCCUAGGAUUUUCAUUGCCAUCCCAACUAUGCGUGUUAUUUUAUUUAUUUUUUUACCAUUUUUAUGGAUUUUUUCCCCGCACAGUAACUGCAGUUGGAGUUAGCAACGGGCAACAAUCGGGUGAGUACUGUUUGAUUUCACGGCGCGCUAAUCAGAGUGAAUUUCUUACAGAAAUGCACUUAAAAUACGGAGAUCUAAUUUGAGUUUCAUGCCUUGUGGAGCUCACGUACACAAAAGGGCUUUAUUCGUAAAUAGUUAAAUACCUACAACGGAUAUUUUAUAUUAAUGCAGACGUGUGUUUGUUUAGUAGUAGGUUUUCAAUGGAGGCAUAGAACAACUAAUCAAGUGAAAGAAGACAAUGCUUGGUAAUAUUGGGUAUAACAACUAGUUUUAGAAUUCCUUAAAACAAAUCCAGAUAAAGUCAGUUGUCUGUUUAAUUUUUUUUCUACUAUUUCGACACAAAUUUAUUGGGGCAAAGUACUGAAUGCCCCCUCCCCCACCCAACCAAAAACAAAAAACAAAACACUUGACAUUCUACAUUAAAGGUUGACGUCACGCACCGCACUUUGAGAAUAAUAUUGAAGACACUUGUGCUUUCAUCGCCUAAUCCAUGUUAUUCUCAAACCGUCCAGGUUGCAGUACUGCUCAGAAUGACUGUCAAAGAUCUGCUGCGGCUGCGUUUGGUAACAGUUCCGCCACAGACGAAGACAAGUGCGGGUGAGGGUACACUUUCGUUUCGUACAAUGCCCUAUACACUUUGCAGAAGAUACACUAGUCAUAACUAUUAACUAUUACACAGGCGUCAAUGUGAAAAUAGAUGUAUAAAAGACCAGAGCAUAGAGAUCUUAACGUGCAUUUUUUAACAUAUAAUUCUGAAAAUUAAUAAUUGAACAUAUGCAUCAAAAAUCAAAUAGACCAGAACGUUAUGUAUAAGAACAAGUAAUACAGCUGUGCAGAGAAAAUCCAAUCCCCACUUAGGGGCUGAAUGCACACUCACGAAAACACGCACGUUCGCAUUUCCUGACCCAAAAAUUUGGAACACACUUUCUGUCGCUCUCAGAAAUAGCCAGACACUGGAGUCUUUCAAAACCGAUUUAAAAACAUAUCUAUUUCGCAAACACCUGUUCGGGUGAAGUUGUCUACCAUCUUUUCCAGCUAGCUAUUAUCUCCUAGGUGUAAAGUGGCCGUGUUGUUUAUGGUUGCAAGGGAUGAAAGACUUAGAAUGGGUAUCCUCGUAUGUAGUUUAGAAUGGGUAUCCUCGUAUGUAGUUUAGAAUGGGUAUCCUCGUAUGUAGUUUAGAAUGGGUAUCCUCGUAUGUAGUUUAGAAUGGGUAUCCUCGUAUGGAGUUUUUGUAAUGUUUCGUUUUGUAUUUCAAUGUGGUAAAAUAUAGAUUUUUUUUUUCAUUUCUUUUUUAAUAUGGAUGACUUUGUACCGCGCUUGUAGCCUUUGGGGUGAAGCAUGAUUUUCAAAUAAACUGUAUUAUUAUUAUUAUAUACACACCAACUUGUGCGCACGAAAAAACACACUUAGCAUGGGUACAUAUGUAUGGGGUACGUUCACAUUUUUUGUAAAGCUAAGUUUUUGUUUCUAAACUCGAUUUCUGUAAGUUGAGUAGGGAUAAUUAAAACAGACAAAAUAAAAAUAGUAUUUAAAAUAACACUUUUCCCUUCAGUAAUUUAUUUCCUCUCAAUGCAUUGUAUGGCCCAAAACAUUUUGUUAUUUUUUUCUACAAAAUAACCUUUUUUCCCAUAAGUGUUAUAAAAGGUAAAGAAUAUUCAAGCAAGUAUCUUAAAGAGUCAAAUAUUAUUGUGGGACCAGAUAAAAAAAUAAAAUAUAUUAAAAGCUAGGAAAUUGAAACUUUCCAUUCUGAGUUAUGUGCUUUAUGUCAUAAAAAUUAAUUUUAUCAAUCGUCAAUUAAAUAUCAUUUAGUCCUAUAUAUUAUUUAACAGCUAAUUUCUGACUCUUUUAUUAUUUUCUUUUUUACACCUUGUCCUACAUUUCCACAGAAAGACCAAGGAAGCUCUUUCUUGUAUUAAAAAUCUGACCUGCACAUCUGACGUCACCUUUAGAGCUCUAUUCCUCGUGACCCUAGACAGACUGACAGCGCUAAACCUAUCCAGUUGUGGUGACGGCACAUAUUUCAUUAUAUCUAUAUAACAUUACCAAAAACUCUCACUGCUGAAUCUUGUAUUGAUACACUGAAAAGUAGUGUGAGAAUAUGUAAAGAAUAUGAUGCUUUAAAUCAGGUCUGCACAACAUACGGCCCGCAGGCCACAUGCGGCCCACCAGCACCCACUUUGCGGCCCGCGCAGUAACGAAAUAUUCUUUAUUCGUAUUAUUAUCCUAAUAGCUUUCCCUUCGCCCUAUUUUCUUUUGGUCCGCACAGGUUUUUUCAUACAGUAUUACGGCCCGCCUUAAAUGUUGAGUUGUGCAGCAGGCCUGCUUUAAAUUAUUUUAUUUAAUUUUCACGCCUUUAUUAUCCAAUCCCCGUAAAUCUUGCCCUGAACAACUCUACGUGCACUUAACCUGUCCGCAUUCAUAAUAUGUAUGUGUAUUUU